AUGGUCGUUAAAGUUAACAUCGGGGAUUCAAAGUCUGUUGAAGUUGGCGAAAGCAUUUCUCCGGUAGGCUUCAGAGUCGAACCUGGCCUGUCCGUGUCUGGCGUGUGGAGAAUGGACUUCGAUGAUGAAGAUGGGGAGGGACCCAGCAAAUUUUCAAGGUAUGAUGGUGAUCAAAUCACUGGUGAUAAGGAAAAGUUUGCAAGGGAGAAUCAUAGUGAAAUUGAGAGGCGCAGGAGAAAUAAGAUGACACAGUACAUCACCGAGCUGUCUGAUAUGGUACCCACUUGUAGCGCGUUGGCUCGUAAGCCUGACAAGUUGACAAUUCUUCGGAUGGCUGUUUCACACAUGAAAUCAAUGAGAGGCACUGGAAACAAAUCUACUGAUGGAGCUUACAAGCCUUCGUUUCUAACAGAACAGGAACUGAAACAUCUUAUCCUGGAGGCUGCAGACGGGUUCCUGUUUGUAGUUGCAGCUGAGACGGGAAGAGUGAUCUACGUAUCAGAUUCUGUGACUCCUGUGCUGAACCAGCCACAGUCUGAAUGGUUUGGCAGCACUUUGUACGAACAGGUUCAUCCAGAUGACGUGGAGAAGCUGCGAGAGCAACUGUGUACAUCCGAAAACUCUAUGACAG